CCGACCCAACUGUCACGUGACUGUCAGCUGACCACAUAUGAUAGCUAGUAGUAGGAAACUGUGCUCAGCUGGAAGUUACCUUUGCUUUAUAACUUGUUAGUAAUUUCUUCGAGAGGACACUGCCAGUGUAUGCACCGCCUUUCCUAAAGAAGUCACUUGAGGUGAAAAAAAGAGCUUGGCAAACCAGUUAUUCCUAACAGGGUGCAAAGUAAAGAAGUGCCUUGCAGCCCAGGAUGUCGUCCACCACCACCUCCUCUGUUACCCUAAAUACUGGGGUUCAAAUGCCCCUCCUGGGGUUGGGGACUUACAAGUUGCACGGCUCUGAAGAAGUGUAUCGGGCCGUGGAUGCCGCCUUGGCUGCGGGUUACCGGGCCUUUGACAGUGCAGCCGUCUACCGGAAUGAAGCCGACCUGGGCCGAUCCAUGAGGGAGCUCCUGCCCAAGCACGGCUUGACCAGACAGGAUGUGUUCAUAACCAGUAAGCUGGGCCCUAAGGAUCAGGGUGAGCGGGCUAUGGAAGGUGCCCUUCACAGCCUGUCUCAGCUGGACUUGGGUUACAUUGACCUCUAUUUGAUUCACUGGCCUGGCACGCAGGGUCUAGCAGUGGCUGAUCAGAGCAACCCAGGAAACCGAGCUCAGAGUUGGGCCACGCUGGAGGAGCUGCAUGGCCAGGGGAAGCUGAAGGCCAUUGGAGUGUCAAACUAUACAGUGGCUCACAUGAGAGAACUAAUGCAGAGCUGCAAAGUCCCCCCUGCAGUUCUACAGGUAGAGUUUCACCCACGUCUGUGCCAAGCAGAGCUGAAGAGUGUUUGUGAGGAGUAUGGAGUCUGUUUCCAAGCAUAUUCCUCCUUAGGCCAAGGAGAUCUGGUUACUGAUCCUGUGGUCCUGGAGGUGGCAAAGCAGUGCCAACGCACCCCCGCACAAGUGCUGCUGCGGUGGGCGGUGCAGCAGGGUGUCGCUGUGCUCCCAAAGUCAUCAAACGCAGACCGAAUACAGGAGAACGCCAGACUUUUUGACUUUACACUGAGCGACGCAGACAUGGACAGACUGUCAGCUUUGGACUGUGGACAGAAGUACUGCUGGGAUCCGUCAGGGGUCGCCUGAAACACCAGCUUGUGUCCUCCAUGAUGCCUUUUUGUCUUCAGUUUUACAGUGGUAGUCUUUUUUUAAAGCUGUUACAAGUUUUGUGUCGACACUUUGUUAAUUUCAAGACAAAAGUACAGCAUAUUGUGGUAUGAACUCUAAAUCUAUGCAACGUCACCCAUCACAUGACUUUAUUGUCAACCAUAAGCCAUGUCUUAGUGAGAACCUUUCCCUUUGUUAUUGGAUAACAAAAACUUUUACAUAUCUGUGAGUUUAACUGUUGCUCAUUAUUCUUCAUAAUCUCUUUGACUAACCAGAAAUCUCCACUGAACAUAAUUCAAAGGUCUUCUAAGCCUGUGUAGUAGACAAUUAAAAGAACAAAAUACCUUUUAAAAGCUCUCUUAAAAUUAUUUAUUUAGACCAGAGUUUUCACAGUUGUAGAGAAAAUACAUUUACAAGUCAUUAAAAAUUAAAAAGAAACCAAAAUAAGAAAAAAAAGUAAUAUUACAUUUUUAUUUUCUCCACACACACAUCUCCAGAUUCAAGUAAUACUAAGGAUGGUUGCAAAAAAUCCAGGUGCCCAGGCAGGUUUGGGGUGUGUUCACUGUCACGGAUGUUUAAAGUCAAAAGAGUUGCCAAACUCCACAUCAGCCAUUUUAUAGUGUACGCGUGUGUCACUUAAAAAUGUCAUGACAGUAAAUGCACCGGGACAUUUUUGUGCUUUCUGUUUUUCCUCUGAGUGUAACUUGUGAAAGCGAGCAGUGAAGUUUAAGGCUGUAAUUGGGUAAACAGACGAGGCUGGCUAUGCGGCGUCACAGGUCACAGCAUGUUCAAGGCAGUUCUUUGCAACAUUAAAUU